GUGGAGACAGAACUCAGCUGGUAAUGAGACGUUCAUCAUUUUCCUGUCAUUCGGCCAUCGUUGACUUCAACAGAACAACAUGUUUCCAUAGGACAAAAGUACUGACGAAGGUGUUUGUUUAAAAAAAGUGUAGUCUUAAGCAAGAAAAUGAAUGUUUAGUUCAAUGUUUAUGUAAGGGAGAACAGAGCUGAGUCAGUAAAACUGCCUUGUUAGCACAAAGAAUAGAAGUGGGAGGAAUGUGUUUGGAUAAAAAAGCUCAGGAUAAAGCAGCUGAAAGAAGGAAAACAGAAAGGAAGAAAAAGGAAACUUUCAGACAAGGUGAAAGGAGGAGGAGAAGCGUCCGACAGCUGCAGAGAGGGAGGAGAGAAAAACAAAACAGAGCUGUAAAGAGGUGAACGAGAGAAGGUUGAAAGCAAUGUGAACCGGAGAAGGUUGCUGUUGAAUGAACAUUAGGAGCGACAUCUGGGUCUGUAUAUAUACAAAAAGACAGAGAGCUGUCUGGAAAGAAGGAAGUGAAGCGAUUUGAAGUGGAGAUGAUUCCAACCGUGAUUCUGGCGGCUGUAGUGGGCUUCAGCGCUCUGUCCUCCUGCGACAGCACCACCGGAUCGCCCGUCACAACAGCUGAUCUCACUCAGGCGAGAGAGUUCAAUGAGGAGUCAGUUAGAGGGCGAGGGGACACUCCUGACAUCAUCGAACCUGAACCCACCACUGCCGUCUCCGACAUGGAGAGCACGUACAACUACAUAUUGUCUAGACUGGCAGCGAUGGAUCAGGCCAUCCACAGGCUUAAUGUGGGACAUUACACAUUGGACAUUAAAGUGACACAACUGCUGGAAAGAGUGUCACGUCUUGACACUAGACUAGGUGACAAUGAGGAUGCCAUUAAACAGGUCUCGUCUUACUGCAAGGACAACCGCAAAGAGAUUGGACGACUAGAGGGCUGUCAGAAAGGCCGUAAAAUGGGUUACAAAUGCGUUUUGGCAUAUCGUGUGUAUGAGACCUACGCAGACGCAUCCCAGAAGUGUCAGGAGCGGGGAGGACGCAUGGCUAUGCCACGAGAUCGAAAGGAGCAGGAAGCUUUGGCUGAAUAUGUGAAAUCAGUUUUCCACGGAAACUGGCCUGUGUGGCUUGGGAUUAACGACCAGCGCUCCGAAGGCCUCUACCUAUUUGAGGACACAACCCGUGUCACUUACUUCCAAUGGAGGAAGCACUUCCUGUCAAGCCAGCCAGAUGGUGGGAAACGAGAGAACUGUGUAGCCAUGUCCUCAGAUGAUGGAGACUGGUGGGAUACCUACUGUGACAGGCGCAUGUAUUAUCUGUGCGAAUUUGACGUUUGACCUUGAUUUGACCUUGAUACGGUCCACCUCUCUUCUAAUUGAUAUUUUUUUAAUAUAUCAAGAGCACAUACCUAGCACCGAAUUAUGCAAAUGUAGAAUUAAGGCCAGUGAAUUUAGAGAUCCCAUGGAAUGUUUUGAUAAAUGCAUUUCCAAUUGAAACAGGAUGUUGGAACAGGACAUAUUAGGGCUUGGCCUCUUAUUCCCAUUGAAGCUCAAAGUCAUUCCUUUGGUUAAGACAACUUCUUGUAAAUGCUUUAUUUGUUGCCUCAAUAGAAAUGAUAGAAAAUAAUUUUAACCGGUAUAUAGUCUUAAUCAUGGAAAUGUUAAUGCCUUUUAUAUUAAAUGUCACAUUAUAUCGCAGAAUCAAACAAUAGCCAAAUUAAACAUUUCCUUUUCUUUGUGUUUUCAGUUAGCCUGGCUAACGCCAGACCCAAUUCUCGUUGAGACUUGGGUCUUGGAACUACAUGUUCAUUUUCUCGUAGGUUUACGAAUGCCCGGCGCCGUUUAUUGGGUGCUAAGAAUGUCUAUCAAAUGCGCCUGUACGUAGCUCAUAGCCAAUCGUUUCAAUUAGAAAAACACAAGUAUUAAGUACAGUUUAACAUAGAUGUUGAAGUUGGUAUUUGCAUUGGAAAUAGUUUGCGCUUGAACUUCACAAGUUUAAAAAUGUUAAAAAUUUAAUUUAAUGACUAAAGUGUCAACAACUUUAAUUGGGUACGUGUGCACAGCUGAAAGUUAUGCAACUAAAGCGGUAGCUGUAUAUUGAUUUUGAAAAGCAACACAACUUAGGGGCACUUUGACAACCACAGUAGGUAGUCUACAGGCAUAAUGACAAUACGAUAUUAAUAAAUACCAUUUACCAUUAAUAAGUUAAACGGACUUCGUCGACGACGAUGCCUAGCAGGUUGGAACUACAACUCAGUGGCUAACAUGUCUUGCCAUUUUGCGCUCAUCCAGGCCUCAGGACUGCCGAACAGAAGUUGGUAUCGACAAUUCUUUAUCGCAUUUUCUUUCUCGGGACACAGCUGAGAGGCAGAUGUUCCAAGGUUGACCGCCUCCUGUACCUGGUCCUCCAUUAUGGCGAUUAAUGGCGAGACAACAAUAACGACUGGGGACUCGCGAAGUUUAACGCCAAAAGCUGCUCUUUUUUCGAAAUAAACUUGCAUUCUAAACUACUUAGAACAAUAUCUAGGGCUGCAUCAAAAUGUAGCUUCGUGUCUGCUGCCAUGUUGAAUCCAUAGAAAUAAACAAACUGCUUCGGUGUGUCGCAUAGAUGUCGUCAUCGUCUUGCUGCUCCCUACCCGUUCUGUGAUUGGUUCCCUAAAUGAGGCGAAAAUCUGGACCAUGGUAUCCAUACUGCCUUUCAGUGUGAAUAAAAUCGCGCUGUGGGAAACCCAGGCUAGUUUUCAGUUAUCCUUCGUUAAAAAGCUAAAUACCUAGCCUACUAGUUCAACACAGCACUAAGAAAACCUCUUUUGAUUAGCUUCAACAAGAUACCCUGAUUGUUUUGGAACAGGCUUUGAGCAAGUGGGAUAGGAUUCUCCAGAGGGAUCUUGUUGAUGCAAAGAAAAGAAAUACUGAACAUUUUAAAAUGCGUAAAUCUAUUAAAAGUUUCCAAACUUUUAAAGACCCGGUGUGGUGAAAAUGUGUCAAUGUGGUGUUUUCAAUACAAACCAUGUGCAAAUUCAAAAGUCAUUACACAUUAUUGUCCCCAUAAAACCGCGAUUUGACACGCCCGUUUCCUGACAUCACAAACAUGUAGCCAAUCCCAUCAACGUGUGGGGCGGGGCUUUUCUACAGUGACUUUCUAUGUUUAAAGAGUUCCUGAGGCAGCAGUCUGACUCUGAGAUGGCAAACGGGAACAUGGUUUGUGUAACAUUAGCAACACAUAAUUAGCUGUUGGAUAAUGUAGUCAAGCAAUAGCUAAUCAUAUCAAUUACUGUUAUGUGUCCGGCGUUGUAGAGAGCAAUACAUAAAACACAUUAAAAUAACUUGUAGACAACCCUGUAUGCUUUUCUUGUCCUCUCCUUCUGGAUCAGUUUUUGUGGUUGAAAUAUGGCUGAAUUAAACCAGUAUUUCCACCUA